UGCUGCUGCUGGUGGUGGCUGCAGCUGCUGCGCCAUGGCGACACGGGCACCCGAGCUCCCUCCCAAGCAAGAGCGGCUCGGAGAGGAGUACGAGGAUGAGGAGGAUGAGGAGGAGGAGGAGGGGUGGGAUGACUGGGAGUCGGACGGGGACGACGCGGCCGGCGGCGGCGGCCUCCUCUGCCUGUUCUGCGGCGAGCGGUUCGACUCCGAGAGCUCGCUUUUCUCGCACUGCGCCUCCGAGCACCGGUUUGAUUUCUACAGGGUUGUGAGGGAGACGGGGAUGGAUUUCUACGGGUGCAUCAAGCUCAUCAACUUCGUUCGGUCCAAGGUCGCGGAGAAUAAAUGUUGGAGCUGUGGGCAAGCUUUCUCUAGCAACAGCGAACUAUGCAGCCAUUUGCAUUCAUCAGAGAUUCCCCAAGUAGAGGGACAGUUUCCAUGGGGGGAUGAUGUAUACUUAAAACCAUUCAUGGAAGAUGACUCUCUUUUGCACAGUUUGUCUGUCUUUGAUGAUGAUGAGGAGGAGGAGGGUUGUGGAAUGCCAGUGGGAAGGGGAGAGUGUUCAGCUGGCAAUGGGAGUUUAGCUGAAUCACGUGAGAGCCUUCUGAACUCUAUUAUUGAUGAUGGUUCUGAUGUCAUUGGUAGAUUCGAGAAAGCAUGUACUAUUGAGAGUGCAGCUGGGGAGUGCAGUGGGUCACUUGCUCAGGAACCGAGUGACAAGCAGUUAAAAAUUGCACGCGCUAGUGCUACUGCUAGGGGAAUUAAAAGUGUGGAUGACAGCUACUUUGGGUCAUAUAGUUCAUUUGGCAUCCAUAGAGAGAUGCUUGGUGACAAAGUAAGAACAGAAGCUUACAGGAAUGCCCUUUUAGGCAAUCCUAGCCUCAUGAGUAGAGCAACUGUGCUAGAUGUUGGUUGUGGCACAGGGAUUCUAAGUCUUUUUGCAGCUAAGGCUGGUGCUUCUAGAGUUAUUGCUGUUGACGGGAGUGCAAAGAUGGUUGCUGUGGCUACGGAAGUUGCAAAAAACAAUGGUUUUCUGUAUGAUGAAAAUGUGGAGAUGGAACAAAAACGAGACAGUCAAGUGAUAAGUGUUGUCCAUACCAAGGCUGAAGAGCUAAACCAUAAAACACAAGUUCCAUCGAACAGUUUUGAUGUUUUGGUGAGCGAAUGGAUGGGAUAUUGCCUAUUGUAUGAAUCCAUGCUCAGUUCAGUUCUAUAUGCACGCGAUCAUUUCCUAAAACCUGGUGGUGCUAUUCUCCCAGAUACUGCAACAAUUUUUGGUGCUGUAUUUGGAAAAGGUGGAACUAGCUUGCCAUUUUGGGAAAAUGUGUACGGCUUUGAUAUGUCUUGUAUUGGCAAAGAAGUAACAGGGAAUUCAGCUAGAUUCCCUGUUGUUGAUAUACUGGCCUCUGAAGAUAUUGUGACAGAGACAGCUAUUCUCCAUUCCUUUGACCUGGCAACUAUGAAGGAAAAUGAAAUGGAUUUCACUUCAAGCUUUGAGCUGAGGCUCAGUGAAAGUGGUGCGUCACAAUCUGGAGCAACCUGGUGUUAUGGCAUCGUAUUAUGGUUUGACACUGGCUUUACGAAGCGAUUCUGCAAGGAGAAGCCGGUGAACCUCUCCACCUCUCCUUUCUCCACACCGACUCAUUGGUCCCAAACCAUCUUUACUUUCGAAGAGCCCAUUGCAAUGACAAAGGAGGGAUCGGUGGUUGGCUCAUCUGCACCAGUUGGCACAGACGAGUGCCCAGCUGUGUUGAUCAGAUCCCGCAUCAGCAUUGUGAGGGCCUCUGAACACCGUAGCAUAGACAUAUCGAUUGAAACUACGGGAAUCGGCUCAGAUGGCCAGAAGCGCAGCUGGCCUGUUCAGAUCUUCAACUUGUAAGCCAGGAUAUAUGCAUUUGUGCAUAAGUUUUGUUGUGUGCCUUGCUCCGCGGUCUUAAUGUUGAGCCAAGAGCCCAAGACAUGGCCCACAAGUCUCAGAUUUUGAUUGGGUUCUUACUUCUUAAGUUGAAAAGCAAGCCAGGUUAAAGCCCCUCGGUGUAAUGGUCAGGAUGAAAAGGUUUAUCAGAUAGAUUCUGGGUUGUUCCAUGUUAAUUUGACAGAUGUUAUUGCACGUGAACUGAAUAUAUGUCCUGUAGUGAUCGUUUGAAAUAUGUAUCAUUAUUUUACAAAUGGAUGAAUUCAAAAUUCAGAUUCAUUUGGGUACCAGUUAAUUUGGUUACUGCAAGAUACUCAUUUGAUGUGAACGUGAGCAUUGCACCGAGGGCCUAUGCUUGGUUCGAUACCAAAACAUGCCUUACCAUUUUUUUUAAAACUUGAAUAGCAUAUUUGUUAGUUUGGA